UUUGCAACCAAUCCUUCGGUCGAGCUGGAUUGAUAUCUUCUUCCCCUUCUUUCACAACGCUUCUCUUCUUCUACUUGACGAUCAACUUGUCUCUGUCUCUGUCUCGGGUCAAAGAACAGUCGAUCAUAAAGGGCUUUCCAGGCCGGUCACACUGUACGCAUUCCUCCACUCUCUCCCUUUGUCCAGGAGAGCUCCCAUCAGAACCUUCCUACCAACCUUCGACCACCUUCCCACUCGCCCUAUCUUCAUUCAAACCUCCUCGCCUCUCUGUCUUUCUCCUGGGGCCGCCGAUUACAAAGAUAGAGGAUUAUGCUCUAAUUUCCACUUCCUUUAAAUUUUUUUUUCUCAUUUUAUUUUCUUUCCUGAGGGGUUCCUGCGUCAAUUUCUUCUGUCUGAGCGAGGUGGCCUUCUAGCUUCGACUUCAAUGAGCUUGUGGAGGCUUACAUUCAUCGGCCAAUCGAUCCCUUCCGAACCCCUCCACUUGCACAUUCCAGACGGCUCCCAAAUAUCUGGACUUCGCCCCAGAGGGUUGCCUGGCAGCUUGUGUUGAAUGGUUGCUAGGAUCACAGCGUUGCUGACAUGAGUUGGGAUCACCCUGUCCACAGCUUCAGCUAUCCCAACGGCGAACCUCAGACACCGACGAGGACCCCUCCGACCACGGUUUUCGACGAUUCGGCCUUCCAAACCCCCAAGCUCGAAUCGAGCUUCUUCGACCCCAGAGUCACCUGGGACACCUCGGAUCCAUAUGCGUCGAGCCCAGAGUUCCUCCGAACCCCCCAGAAGUUCGGUCUGAGUACACCGUUGAAUAACCAUCUCCGACUGCCCAACACAGGCGUCGAGUCAGCCAAUGGACGGAACCUGAAGGAAUCGGAACAGGAGACGGACACAGCCAAGCGCAUCCGGGCGGCCAAACCCAAUGGGCAUAUUGAAGACGAAGGUCCCUGGACGGUGGAAUCCACCAAAUCGGCUGCCUCCAUGCAGACCCCGCCGCCGAGUAGUGCUUCUCGGAGAAAGGUGACCGGGCUGGAAAAUGUCAGUGGGACGGGACGACGGCCAUCGGCCUCGAGUGCCAUCGGUGGCCACCUGGAAACUCCAAGUCGUUUGAUGGGAGCGUCCCCCAGAUUGUUUGGUGAUCUCCAAACGUCUCCGGACCCCUUCCAGCUGGCCGGGAUCGAUCCAUCCGCGUCUCCUUUCUUUCCUCAGCAGAGACUCUUCUGGGAUCAUGACCUCGAACCACAGGGAGGGGACUUGGGCUUGUCCGGAAGUAAUAUGGACUUCUUUGAUUCCCAUACGACUGAUGCAUUUCACAUGAACCCAGCCUUCUCCCAGGCCCCUCACAUUCCGCAAUUGCCGUCGAUUGAGGGAACCCUAGAUCUACCGGAGUUCAACAGCAAUUCAUACGGUCUCACCUCGGCGGCACCCACCGAUGCAGCCCUGUUUCCCGCGCCUUUCUCGACCUCCCCCCGUAUCCCCAUUCACAAGGCUGAAGACCCAGCCAUGUUUCUGAGCUCUCCGGCCCGUCGCUUCGGAGGGCCCCAGCCGUCCCCGGACAAGAGACUUUUCUCGAGACCGGGACGGCAGCCCUACCACCACCAGACUGAAGAAUCGAAAAGGGAGCAGCUUCGACGCACGCAGAGUGUGCACCAGAAGCUGCCCACGUACGUCGACGACGAUGAGGACGAUUUCACUCCUCGACAGACACGACCGACGCUGACGCGGAGUCUCACCCAGAGUGCUCUAUCCGCACAGCGUCCCGGGUUUGGUGGAGUGAUGUCGUCCUCGUGUGGUAUCCGGAAGAGCCCUUCGAAGAGAUCCUCUCCCACCAAACCCCAACGGCAGCCACUACAGCGCUCCAAUUCAGUCGCUGCUGGUCUGCCCCGGCGCUCCCAGUCUGUGGUCCUUCGGAUUGGCAGGGACGGUAGAGCUAAGGCAGAGAUGCAACCCGUCACCGAAGCCCCCCCUACCGGGCUGUCGGACCCUCUCACCGGGAUGGACUUGGAUGGUUCCACGACCGAAAGCGAAUAUGACUCGACCGAAUUUUCGGAAUAUCCCACCGUUUCCAGCCGGAAUCCGUCGAUGACCUUCUCGGACACUGGCUCCCGACCACACUCCAAGGGCUCCUACACCUCUACCGCGGCUUCAUCCCAGUCCGGCCGGGGAUCGCCUUGGAACGGCUCCUCUCGGGGUCUAGCCAGAAGGCCAACUUAUCGACAAGGGCUGGAUGACUGGAAGCGUACGCCAAAGCGGCAAUCCAUGAUCCUGCCGUCCGACAUGGCCUACCGCAGCGCUAGUUCGAUCCCGGCACCCCUCGCUGAUUCCGAAGAAGAAUCCGGUGAUGCCCAGCAUGCACUCCGCAAGGUACUCCAGGAGAGAGGCCGCAUUCCUCGGUCCCACACGGUCAACUUCGGCUCCCGGGUCAACCGAUCCUCACGCUCCUUGGCCCAUCUCCGUUCCUCACCACCCCGGUUUGGCGCCGAAUUGGAUCUCAAUCUGCAGGCCCCGAACACGUCCCCCACGACCAUGACGGAUCCUGACCUGGCCACCCCAAGCACCGACCGAUACAGCAAUCCCAGCAAUGGAACCAGAUGUAUCUGUAACUCCAUGGACAACGGUGGCCACUUGAUGAUUCAAUGGUAUUUACCCUCUCCACGACGCCUUGCACGCAAACCAGGAAACUGAUCUGAUCUAGUGAAUCGUGCAGCCACUGGCUACAUACCAAGUGUGUCGGUCUGGAGCGAGCCAACCUGCCAUCGGUCUACGUUUGUGUCUUCUGCACCCAUACUCCUUCGCGGAGGAAUCGCAUCCGGGUCCCUGUCGGCAGCGUUGGCCAUGCGCCAACGUCGCCAUUGGCCCACAAAUCCUAUCGAUUCCGAUAGAAGAAAUUAUGACGAUGAACCCCACAUCCGCAGGCAAGCAAGCAAGCCAUUUGUGUGCCUGUCAUGGAUGGAUCAUGACACGAUCCGCGUCAGCUUUUUCCCUCGGCCCUCACGGAUGAGGUCCCGAGACUGACGGCCACACUCUUUCUCGUUUUCCUUUUUUCUUUAUUUUAACGGGUCUCCUUUGUUCGUUGUGCGAUAACCUUAGACAUACCCCCCCCCAUAUUUCCUUUGAGACAUGUGUUGGCUCACCAUUGUACAUUGGUGGCUUUGUUCUUAUGCAUCCCUGGUGGGAUACUGCCGUUUAUCAUUUAUUUCCUAAUUUUUUGUAUUAAUUGUCGGGCGAGCGGCCUACGUGAUACCUAUGUACUACUGUAACUAGUGACUUUGGACAAAAUUAGGAUGGCGCCCGUGGCCCAUCGACUGGAUAGGACCGAG